GAUAAAUUGGUAUUCGGCUUUAUAUUGACAUUUUCUUUUGCUUAGAGAGCCAGUAAAGCAUUUUUGAUUAACCUCAUUUAGACAAUACUUACCUUUUUCACCUCCUCCCCUCUCCAAUCUUUUUUUGUAUUAUUAUAUUUUGAGUUAAUAAUCAUCAUGAAGCUCCUAACUGUUGAUCUUCUCCAUGCCGUUUUGGCAAAAAUGACUUCAGGAAAACGGCUUCUUUUUGAUUCUCUGCGUUGCAUAAUUCCUAAUGGCUUCUAAAAUGCUGUGAUGUUAAUUAAUCUUGCCCUCACAUUUGGGGAUAUGUAGUCAAUCUGAAAUUCUCAACCUCUGUGUGACUUCCUGUUUCUGAACACCUGUAGCCAUUUAGUCAAUCUUCACUAGAGCCUUCGUGGGUCCCUCCCUCCCCCCCACUCAUUAGGGCUGGUGGGGGGGGGUAGGAUUUCGGGGCCUCUCAGGGGGGUUUUCCAACCUGUGGAGGUCAUAGGCAGGGCUCCAGAACCAUGGAGACCAGCCCGGAGAGCCCCAACCGGGCCGUGGAGUAUCUCCUGGAGCUCAACAACAUCAUCGAGAGCCAGGCCAAGCUCCUGGAGACGCAGCGGCGCCGCAUCGAGGAGCUGGAGGGCCAGCUGGACCGGGUCAGCCAGGAGAACCAGGGCAUGAGGAAGACCCCCGAGCAGAACCAGAACCACAACCACAGCCAGCCCCCACCCCUCCCCGGACAUCAUGGCGUCGGGAACGUCAACGCGGCGACGGCUCAGGUCUCUGCUGCUUCUUCUUCUUCUUCCUGUGCGACCCCCGGGCCCGGCAGGGAGCGGCGGAGCCACACCCGGCUGACCCGAGGCAUCUCCUGCGGGUCCUCCAGUGGACUGGAGCGCACCGACAGCACCGACACCAACAACAGCUCCACCAUGCGCAGAAAUGUGGAGGGGGAUCCUCCAGAGACGGGCCCCCGUAAAGACGUCUCCUUCAUCCAGCAGACCCCCUACCAGCGAGGGUCUGAGCGGUACUCUGACAGCCCUGUGGCCCCCGGCUCUAGGGACCCCUCCCUCGUGUCGGGCCCCAGCUCAGCGAGCCUGGCCUGGGCCCUGCGGAGCCGCCACCAGCCCGCCAGCCUGGCCCUCCGCAAGCAGGAGGAGGAGGAGAACAAGAGGUGCAAGGCGCUGUCCGACAGCUACGAGCUCUCCACUGACCUGCAGGAUAAGAAGGUGGAGAUGCUGGAGAGGAAGUACGGCGGUUCCUUCGUCAGUCGCAGAGCAGCGAGGAUCAUCCAGACGGCCUUCAGACAGUAUCGCAUGAACAAGAACUUUGAGCGCCUGCGCAGCUCGGCGUCAGAGAGCCGCAUGACGCGCCGCAUCAUCCUGUCCAACAUGAGGCUGCAGUACUCCUUCGAUGAGCGGCAGCCGCAGCAGCAGGCCCAAACUCAGACCAGCUUCACCCACAAUGUGGCCAUCGGACCCCCCCACUCCCCAGACCCCGACCGGCCCGGAGACUACACACACCUGGAGGACUCCUUCUCCAAACAGGUGAAGUCUUUAGCCGACUCCAUAGACGACGCCCUCACCUGCCGCGCGGGUCGCGAUGACUCCCAGGAGGGCAGCAGGGAGAGGGGGGGUCUCAGCGAGGACUUUGAGGAGUGUGUCAUGCACGGAGACAGCACCGCCACCUCCUACAGCGACGUCACACUCUACAUGGACGACGGCAUGCCCUCCUCCCCGCUGUCCCUGGACCGGGGCCCCAGCAGCACGGACACAGAGUACUGGGGCCCCGGCGGGGGGGUGAGCGGGCGUGAGGACAGCCGGGACACGGAGGGGGGGGGGCAGCGGAACAGCAGACGCAGCACCCCCUGCACCGAGUGCCGGGACUACCGUCUGAGAGGAGCCCACCUGCCGCUGCUCACCAUCGAGCCGCCCAGCGACAGCUCGGUGGACAUGAGCGACCGCUCGGACCGCGGCUCCCUGACCCGGCAGCUGGUGUACGAGCAGGAGCCGGUAGGGGGGGGGAGGGUCUCCUCAGGGGACCCUCAAACACUCCCCCAACACAGGAGCCCGGCCCCCCCCCUCGCCAGCGGCCGCUCAGGGUCAGACGCGGCCUCCAGGCAGAGUCUGGAGCAGCCGUGUUGCUCGGACGGAGACAACGACUCGCUCAACUCCACCACCAACUCCAACGAGACGGUGAACUGCAGCUCGGGCUCCUCGUCCCAGGACAGCCUGCGGGAGCCGCUGCCGCCCCUCGGGAAGCAGACGUACCAGAGGGAGUGCCGGCACAGCUGGGACUCGCCCCCCUUCAACAGCGACGUGGUGCAGAGGAGGCAGUACCGCAUCGGACUCAACAUGUUCAACAAGUGAGACCCUAGAAGGGGGAUCCAGUACCUGAUCGAGAGAGGAUUCGUAUCGGACACUCCGGUGGGGGUCGCUCGCUUCAUCCUGGAGAGGAAGGGCCUCAGCAGGCAGAUGAUCGGAGAGUUCCUGGGAAACCGACAGAAACAGUUCAACAAAGAUGUUUUGGACUGUGUGGUGGAUGAGAUGGACUUCUCAGGGAUGGACCUGGACGACGCUCUCAGGAAGUUCCAGGCUCAGAUUAAAGUUCAGGGAGAGGCUCAGAAGGUGGAGCGGCUCAUCGAGGCGUUCAGUCAGAGGUACUGUGUGUGUAAUCCCACGCUGGUCCGGCAGUUCCAGAACCCGGACACCAUCUUCAUCCUGGCCUUCGCCAUCAUCCUCCUCAACACGGACAUGUACAGCCCCAACGUGAAGGCGGAGAGGAAGAUGAAGCUGGAGGACUUCGUCAAGAACCUGAGAGGAGUGGACAACGGGCAGGACAUCCCGCGGGACCUGCUGGUGGGGAUCUACCAGCGGAUCCAGAAGUGGGAGCUGCGCACCAACGAUGACCACGUGUCCCAAGUGCAGGCAGUGGAGAGAGUCAUUGUGGGCAAGAAGCCUGUGCUGUCGCUGCCCCACCGCCGGCUGGUGUGCUGCUGCCAGCUGUACGAGGUGCCGGACCCCAACAGACCCCAGAGGACGGGGGUGCACCAGAGGGAGGUCUUCCUGUUCAACGACCUCCUGGUGGUGACCAAAAUCUUCCAGAAGAAGAAAACCUCAGUGACUUACAGUUUCAGACAGUCGUUCCCUCUGGUGGAGAUGCAGGUGCACAUGUUCCAGAACUCAUACUACCCUCACGGUAUCCGCCUCACCACCGCCGUGCUCGAGGGGGAGAGGAAGGUCCUGAUCGUGUUCAUGGCCCCCAGUCAGCAGGACCGAACCCGCUUUGUGAGCGACCUCAGGGAGAGCAUCGCUGAAGUGCAGGAGAUGGAGAAAUACAGGGUGGAAUCGGAGUUGGAGAAACAGAAAGGUGUGAUGCGGCCCAGCCUGCUCACAGGAGGUGUGGGUGGGAAGAGCGAUCUUGUGAACGGCACCCUGGGGAGGAACAGUUUUGAUGACUCAGUGGGUGAUGGUCUCAAACGCACCGCGCUCAGCUCAUCUCUCAGGGACCUAUCGGACGCAGGGAAACGUGGUCGCAGGAACAGUGUUGGUUCUCUGGACAGUACCAUGGAAGGUUCCAUCAUUAGCAGCCCGGUGCCUCACCAGCGCUACCAGCUGCCCGGCUGCUACGCCACAGAAGACUUCCGGCCUCACCGCCCUAUCCUGAGCCCCGGAUCGGGGGUGGGGGGUGGGCCGGGGCAGCAACACACCACUGCUGGGACAGGAGUUGGGGGGGGAGUCUCCAGCAGUGUAGAGAGAGCAGGAGCGGGGGGGAGCGGUCCUGGGGGGGGAAUCAUCAGCAGCAGCAGCAACAACAACAGCGGCUCCUUCCUGGGAUCUCUCUUCGGCAGCAAACGUGCCAAACCACCUGGGCCCCUCAUUCCACCGGGGCCACCCUACCCCGCUCCUGUCCCCCCGCCGACUACGGGAGGGCCCCCUCCUCACUCCCCGUCCUCGCUGUGCCAGAUGGACGGGGGGGGCCCUUCCAAGAUCCAGGCGCUGCACGCUCAGUACUGUCACCUGGGUGGCGUGCAACCCCCCCCACCAUACUACCAUCACCAUCGCUUCCACGUGCAGACUGUGCCCCCGCCCCUGCAAGGCGUCCCCCCCCACGCUAUGCAGAGAGGCCCGCUACACUGUCGUCCACCGCUUGGAGCCCACCCGCCGCUGGCCCAUCUCUCCCAGCUCUCCCAGCAUGGGCUACCGGGUCGUUACGGCAACAUGGUAGUGGGGUGCCCCCCCCCCCUUUCUCCUCUCUCCCAACACUCCCCGAACCCUCAGUUUACUCUGUACCACUCCAUCAGAGGGGGGGGCCUGCCUGGUACCAAACUCCCCCUCACCUUGUCUCACUCCCAGCCCCACCCCCACGCACACUCCCAAACCCACCCCGGACACGUGCACACGCCCCACCCGGCCUCCCACUCCGUCCACCAAACACACUUCAUCUUCGGCACUCUGCCCCACAACCUGCCGUCCGCCUCCGUCAACGCUGCGCAUCACGCGGCGAGCGCCGGCCCGUAUCUGCCCCAGUACCCUGCUCUUUCUUCUAUCCCACCUCCCCCACCACAUUCCCCUUUACCCCCCCCUUUGUCCCCCCUUACCCCUCUUACACCUCUCUCCCCUCUCCCCCCCCAGCACCCCGGGCAGCCUCAGCAGGGGCCGCAGGUGACGGGGCCCGGAGCGACAGGUACAGGGGGCAGCAGCUCCAAAUCCAAACCUCUCAAUCGGAUAAGCACCGUGGUGUGAGCAGGGCAUGGGGCCCCAGGGGUCAGAGGUCAGAUUACAGGGGGGAGGAGGUGGGCAGGUCCAGGUCCAGGACCAAGUCUGCCCGCACGGAGAGCAGCAGCAGCGCCAGCGACAAGAGGAAACGCAGCUUGCUUCGUCUCUGUUACUUUCACCUCCGCUUCCCACACAUGUAGGCGGAGAUACAGAGCACAGCUAGAGCGGAGGAGCAUGUGCACACGUCUUUGAAACCUGCACACACACAUAUAUAAAUAAAUAUUUAAAAAAGUUAUAUAGCCAUAUAAUUUAAGAUGAAUCUAUAUCCAGAUAUAUUUAUCGCCUCAAUUGUAAACGUCUAGUUGAAUGUACAGUACGGAGAUGUGGGGAAAAAACGGAGAUCAUAUAUCCAGCUUUUUACACAGGGAUGUAAAUAACGACAUUCCAGCGGAGUUUGGGAUUUAAAAACAGAAGAAAGUUGCUAAAAAAUAAAUGUCCCUUGACUUUGCAAUCAUUUA